GGCAAGGUCCGCCUUCUCUCGGCACUGACCAGACGUGGCUACCUGCUGCUGGUGCCCAUAGUGGGGAGCUGUGUUAUUGUGUGGUUAUGGUGAGUGCUGGUGUGUUUCCUCUCACCGCUCAGUGUAUAAAUAGACUGUGUGUCAGGGGAGGACAGAUUGGCAAUUGGUGUGGGGGAUUGUUAGUUUCUCAUACCAGCCAGGUGCCUGGAAGUGCUGUGUGUAGGGGCCGAGCUCUCCCAGCCGAUAUGCAAACACACUGCUAGCUUUCCUUCCUUGGAGGGGGUCUCAUAAGAAAAGUCAUUUCUCAGUAAGGAAGGAUCCUGAUUGCAGCAGACUUGUCUGUGAGUGCUUCCUGCCAGAGAAGAUGAAGCCAGACCGAGAUUCCCUAGAUGAGUUUUUUGAAUAUGAAGCAGAGGAUUUCCUGGUAUACCUAGCUUUGCUGAUUACAGAAGGACGAACACCAGAACAUUCUGUCAAAGGCAGGACAGAAGGUCCCCAUUGCCCUCCAGCACAGUUAAGCCAACCUGCACCCAAUAAGCAUGAAUGCAGUGAUAAAUUGGCACAGUGCCGAGAAGCUAGAAAAACUAGGUCUGAAGUUGCCUUUCUGUGGAGAAAUAACAUUCCCAUCAUGGUUGAGGUGAUGCUGUUACCGGAUUGUUGCUAUAGUGAUGAAGGAGCAAACACAGACGGGAAUGAUUUAAAUGAUCCUGCACUGAAGCAAGAUGCCCUGCUGCUGGAGAGGUGGACUCUGGAGCCUGUGCCCAGACAAAGCGGAGAUCGAUUCAUAGAAGAAAAGACUCUACUUUUGGCUGUUCGUUCCUUUGUUUUCUUUUCUCAGCUGAGCGCCUGGCUUAGUGUGUCCCAUGGAGCUGUGCCACGCAACAUUCUUUACCGUGUAAGUGCAGCUGAUGAAGAGCUCAAAUUAAAUUUUUCCCAUUCUCCAACUGAACAUGUGUUCCCUGUACCCAACGUAUCUCACAAUGUGGCCUUGAAAGUCAGCGUACAGUCUUUGCCAAGACAAUCCAGUUAUCCAGUGUUGAACUGCAGCAUUCACAGCAAUCUUGGCUUUUACGAAAAGAAAAUCCUACCGCGUGAGCACAGUGUUACCCAGCCACACAAUUCCCAGGAUAAUGAUCAGAAUAGUGCUCCUGUUUCUCAGCAUGCCUUCACCAAGCCGUCAUGGAGUGUUGGGCCCGAAGGCUUACUGCAUGCAAGGACAAAUGUUAGCACAGAUCUUAGUCUGCCUGUUAGAAACUCCAAGCUGCUUUCUACUGUUGAUAAAGGAUACAGUAUAGGAACACCACCAUCAAAACAUCAGUGUUUCAGCAUGACUGGUAACUAUAAGGCAGCACCACAAGAACCUGUUAGAAAUUUUAAAUCAUUUUCUUUGGUUGGAGUGCCAUGCAGUCCCCAAGCUAGCCAAACCGUAGAAACCAAUCCCUUGAUAGGAUCUUUAAUUCAAGAACGUCAGGAGGUCAUAGCAAGGAUUGCACAGCAUCUGUUACAGUGUGAUCAAACAUCAUCACAAAUAAACAGCCAUUCUAUAAUAAAUGAAUUAAGCUCCAUUAAUGGCAAGAUUAAGAACUCAUCUGAAGAUGAAAAAUUCCAAAAGAAAAACAAAGAAAGCCCACCCAUAUGUACAUCUACUUUAGCUUUGACUCUAUCCACAGGUAACCAAAUAAGUAACCUUAAAAAAGCACCUGAUACUCCUAUCAAUUCCUCACGGCCUAUCCUUGAAUUUCAUACCUCACCAAACCCACAAGCCAGACGGAAACUUAUCCUUUUUGAAUCCAAUGAACAUUUCUGCAACCCGUUUCAGUCUUCUGGUCAGUCGACAGUUCCAUCGUCUAAUAAUGAAAAUAUUAACAAAUUACCAGAAAAAAGAGAUAUUAAACAGAGUGAACAUGGUGAAAUAUCUACCAGGACUGGUAAUCAGUUAUCUAACUCCUGCAAUACAAAUGACAGGCUUUGCACCAACACACAAAUUGUUCCAGAGGAUAAGAGCUGCACUGAUUCCUUUCAUAAACCACAGAAAGAUAACCCUAAAAUUUGUUCACAAAAAGUAGGUCACAGGAAUGGACAAGCACAAGAGACUACAUGCAGAGAAACAAGAAAAUCUGACCACAGCAAUCAGCUCCUUAGCAUUGAAAAUUGUAUUAAUAAGGACAGAGAUAAUAUCCAGUACAAAGAACCCCAGGAUAAACUGAAAAGCGUGCAUGAUGAGAAUGAAGACCCAACAAACUGUGACUGCUUGGCACAAGGGCAAAGAAAGUGUAAUGGGAACUGUUUACAAAGAUCUGAGAGUUUGAAGAACACAGAACAAAAACCAAUACAACUAAGACAUUCUUGUACUUGGAAAAAGCAGACUUUUCGGUCUCUAGAUGGAAUUUCAACCAAGGCCUUUCACCCCCGCACUGGAUUACCUUUACUCUCAAGUCCUGUUCCACAAAGAAAAACACAGUCAGGGUAUUUUGAUCUGGACAAUUCAUUACUGAAACUUAAAGGUUUAUCCACACAGAGACAGCAUGUAAAUGGGUUCACAGAUGAAGACACCGUAGCCACAAACAAACAGCUCAGCUCCAGUGCACCACCUGCCCCAUGCCUCAGCCUACUGGGGAACUUUGAGGAAUCUGUGCUGAAUUAUCGCUUUGAGCCACUGGGUGUAGUUGAGGGUUUUACAGCAGAAGUUGGAGCAAGUGGAAUAUUCUGUCCGACACACAUGACCCUGCCUGUCAAAGUGUCUUUCUAUAGUGUUUCAGAUGACAAUGCUCCCUCACCAUACAUGGGUAAUAUAACACUGGAGUCUCUUGGCAAGAGAGGUUAUCGCAUACCUCCUUCUGGAACCAUACAAGUGACCUUAUUCAAUCCAAACAAAACUGUGGUGAAGAUGUUUGUUGUGAAAUAUGACCUGAGAGACAUGCCAGCCAACCACCAGACAUUCCUGCGGCAGAGGACGUUUUCUGUUCCCGUAAGGCGAGAAACCAAGGGAGCAGUCACUGAGAAUGGUCUGAAGGCUGAAGACAGGACGUUACGCUACCUCAUUCACCUGAGGUUCCAGAGUUCCAAGUCUGGCAAGAUCUACCUCCACAGAGACGUAAGACUUCUCUUCUCCCGAAAGUCAAUGGAAGUUGACAGCGGUGCAGCAUAUGAGUUGAAAUCUUACAUAGAAACACCAACAAACCCUCAGUAUUCACCCAGAUGCUGAUGGAAUGGCAGAAGAGAGAAUCUUUUGGCUCUAGAAUAAAACUGGCUUGUACAGAGAUAAGCUGAGACUGUGGCCUGAGAAAGUAACUCCUACAACAAUGGACCAGCUCCAGACAUUUUCUUAAAUGAACUUCAUUGUAUUUAAUGUAGACUGGAAAUAAAAAGUCCUAAUCCAUUUUUUUUCUACUAUGUAAUACCACUUGAUUGGUUGUGUGCUGCAUUAUCAAUUCUUCCUGUUAGUUUAGUGUUUACACAUUUUUAUUUUAUUUUCUUUAUUUAAUAUUUAAUGUUUCAUUUACUACACAAGUGAUUGUUUGCCUCAGUGUUCUAAUGUAGCACAAAGCCUAUGUAAAAUUAUACAAUGUAUUUUUGACAGUAAUAUUGAAAUCUAAAAUAUAUUCAAGUCUCUAAUCAA